AGCGAGUACAGAGACAGAAGGGUGGGUGGGCUGGCCCAUGGCUGAGGCCUCACUUCCAGAGCGGAGGGGAGAUGCCGAAGCCAGACCUUGCUCCAGCGUCCUGGAACUGGAGGAGCUCCUGAGGGCUGGGAAAAUUUCUUCUGGCAGCCGGGUGGACGAAGUUUGGCCCAACCUUUACAUAGGAGAUGCGGCCACGGCAAAUAAUCGCUUUGAGCUAUGGAAGCUGGGCAUCACCCACGUGCUGAACGCCGCCCACGGGGGCCUGUACUGCCAGGGCGGCCCUGACUUCUACGGCAGCAGUGUGAGCUAUCUGGGGGUACCAGCCCACGACCUCCCCGAUUUCGACAUCAGUGUCUACUUCUCCUCUGCAGCUGACUUCAUUCACCGUGCCCUCAGCACACCUGGGGCCAAGGUCCUGGUGCACUGUGUGGUGGGUGUCAGCCGCUCUGCCACACUGGUCCUGGCCUACCUCAUGCUGCGCCAGCAGAUGUCCCUGCGCCAGGCGGUGAUCGCUGUGAGGCAGCACCGAUGGGUCUUCCCCAACCGCGGCUUCCUCCACCAGCUCUGCCAGCUGGACCAGAAGUUGCGAGGUGCAGGCCGGAGCUGAGGGGCCAGAGCUGGUCCUUUCUCCCUGCCAUGGGGCUCUGCCACUUUGCCACCCUGGCACUGGCCCUGCUGGUGCUGCUGGAGGCUCUGGCCCCAGUGGACACACAGAAGAUGGUCAGAGUCCAGCAUGGGGUCUGCCUUACAGCCUGCUCCUCCGUCCGCUUCCUCCGGCUGCCUGCACUCAGCCGCUGCCUUCAGUCCCCACAGAAACAGCAUCAAAUGUGCAGAGACAAGCGGCUGGAAAUCAGCAGCACGAAGUGCCUGUCGGAGAAGACCACAUCCUGGGCCAGAUACCCCCACAGGAUGGACUCGCUGCAGGAGCAGGACCUCCGGAGGCCCAACAUCCACAGGGCGGUUGGUCUGCACCCCUACCAGCCGCCUACGCUGUCCUCGCUGCAGCGCUUGCUGUGGGUCCGUCAUGCUGCCAUGCUGAGCCACAUCGACGAGGUCUGGCCCAACCUCUUCCUGGGAGAUGCCUAUGCAGCCCGGGACAAGAGCAAGCUGCUGCAGCUGGGCAUCACCCACGUCGUGAAUGUUGCUGCGGGCAAGUUUCAAGUGGACACAGGUGACAAGUUCUAUCGCGGAAUGCCCUUGGAGUACUAUGGCGUUGAAGCUGAUGACAACCCUUUCUUCGACCUCAGUGUCUACUUUCUGCCUGUUGCUCGCUACAUCCGAACUGCCCUCAAUUUUCCCCAAGGCCGCGUGCUGGUACACUGUGCCAUGGGGGUGAGCCGCUCUGCCACAGUGGUCCUUGCCUUCCUCAUGAUCUACGAGAAUAUGACGCUGGAGGAGGCCAUCCAGACGGUGCAAGCCCACCGCGCUAUCUGCCCCAACUCGGGCUUCCUCCGGCAGCUCCAGGUUCUGGACAACCGACUAGGACGGGAGACCAGGAGGUUCUGACCUGGCGGGCAGCCAGGAACCCUGACCUUCUGGCCGGCAUGACCUAACCCAACCAGCCUGGCCCUGGGGACAGCAGCGUCUGCUGUUUCGAGUGACCUUGAGAUGUACAUAGCAAGUGGGGGCUUAGCGGAGGGAGAGCUGGCUGGUGACCUUUAGCAGGUAGAUUCCCUGACCCAAUCCAGAGAUUCUUUAUGCAAAAGAAAGUUCAGUCUGUCUCUAUAAUAAAAAAAAUUCAUCCUAAUAAAG